AUGAUAGAUCAGAUGGACUCCAUCCAAAAACACUUUUGGUGGGGACAUAGUGAUAAUAAGGGCCUUUGUUUGAUAGGAUGGAACAAGCUACAUGUUCCAAAGGCUCUUGGUGGCCUUGGUAUUAGGAACCUUGAACACUUCAAUACAGCUUUGUUAACUAAGGUUGCUUGGAAAGCCUGUAAUAAUGAUAACUUUUUAUGUAUGCAGAUUGUUAGAGCCAAAUAUGGUAAGAAUGGUAAUUUACUUCACCUAGAUAAAUUAAAAGAGGAUUGCUCUUGGCUUUGGAGGAGUAUAUACUCCGACAUUGAAGUUGUGCAACAAUAUUCCAAAUGGAUUGUUCAAUGUGGCACAAAAAUUAAAAUCUGGCUAGACAAUUGGAUUAUUGGUCUUAAUAGUCCACCUGUUCCAACUGUGAGACUUUCUAGCUUUGUUUCUUCCACAUUUGUUUGGGAUUUAUUCUACCCUGGUAUUAGAGUUUGGAAUGAACAAAUUAUUAGUGCUAUCUUUGAUGUAGAAACUUCUAAUGCCAUUCUCAGUAUGUAUGUUCCUGAUACAGGGGAGGAUUAUCUAAUCUGGAAACUAGAUAGGAGAGGUAAGUUUUCUGUGAAAAGUGCAUAUAAUGCACUAUCUGCUGAAGAUGUUAAUAAUACUAUCAUAGGUGACACUAUACCUACAGAGUUUGGUACAUAUGGAAGGAUAGAUGCAGUUGGAUUUUCCAGACUUGUUUCUAGCAGCAGGCGUAUUCUUCCUAAAAUUUGGUUUCCACCGGAUACAGGCUAUAUUAAAGUCAACAUUGAUGCUUCUUAUGUUUAUGAAACAAGAAAGGGUAGCAUUGGACUAAUAGUUCGUGAUCAUGCAUGGCAUGCUCUAGCGGUGAAAGGUUUUAACUUGGAAGAAGAAAUUGAAUCUGAGGUUGGAGCAGAACAUUUUGAAUGUAAAGCCUUGAUCAAAGCUGUAGAAUGGAUAGAAGAAUAUGGAUUCAAUAAAGUGAUAAUUGAGACGGACUGCGAGAACUUGGUGAACUCUAUACAUAUGGAAGACCCACAAGUGCAAUGGAUCAAUCAUCACCUUUUUCUUUCAAUUAAAAACAAAUUUUCAAUUCAUGAAUUCUGGUUUUGCAAGUUAGUUAAUAGAUUAAGUAAUAGUGUGGCUCAUGAGUUAGCAAGAAAAGCUAGACUUGAAGCUAGUAGUUUCUCUUUUGUUUCGAAUUUUCCUCCAGACAUUGUUAAGUGGAUUGAGUAUGUUCUCUCUGGAAGAGUUUAA